AUGAUUACUUUCGGUUUUGAAAAUGAGUUUGAAAAUCUUUCGAGCAGGUUUUCUACAAUCCAAGCGGUGCUUGAAGAUGCUCAGAAGCAGCAACUCAAGGACCAGGCAAUUAAAAACUGGUUACAGAAACUCAAUGCUGCUGCGUAUAAAGUUGACGACAUAUUGGAUGAAUGUAAAUAUGAGGCAGCAAGACUCAAGCAGUAUCGGCUAGGACGUCGUCAUCCAAAGGCUAUCGCUUUCCGUCACAAGAUUGGGAAAAGGAUGAAAGAGAUGAUGGAGAAACUAGAUGCAAUUGCUAAGGAAAGAAGGGAUUUUCAUUUGCAAGAAAAGAUUAUAGAGGGACAAACUGCUACACGGGAAACAGGUUUUGUUUUAACUGAAUCACAAGUUUAUGGAAGGGACAAAGAGGAAGAUGAGAUAGUGAAAAUCCUGAUAAACAAUAUUAGUGAUGCCCAAGAACUUUCAGUCCUCCCAAUACUUGGAAUGGGGGAGCUAGGAAAGACGACUCUUGCCCAAAUGGUCUUCAAUGAUCAGAGAGUAACUGAGCAUUUCCAUCCCAAAAUAUGGAUUUGUGUCUCGGAAGAUUUUGAUGUGAAGAAGUUGAUAAAGGCAAUUGUAGAAUCUAUUGAAGGAAGGCCACUACUUGGUGACAUGGACUUGGCUCCAUUUCAAAAGAAGCUUCAGGAUUUGUUGAAUGGAAAAAGAUACUUUCUUGUUCUGGAUGAUGUUUGGAAUGAAGAACCAGAUAAGUGGGCUAAUUUAAGAGAAGUCUUGAAGGUUGGAGCAAGUGGUGCUUCUGUUCUAACCACUACUCGUCUUGAAAAGGUUGGAUCAAUUAUGGGAACUUUGCAAUCAUAUGAAUUGUCAAAUCUGUCUCAAGAAGAUUGUUGGUUGUUGUUCAUGCAACGUGCAUUUGGGCACCAAGAAGAAAUAAAUCUCACAAAUGGUUUUUUUCUAGAAAAACUGUUCUUAAGAGCUAAAAGGCGACCCAGGGCACUUUUCCAUCGAUUUUCCACGAAUUCUCGUGCUAAAGAUCAAGAACAAGCCGAAUGAACUCGGAAAGGAAAAGCUCCAGCAUUUAGGGUUUCGAAAGUUUGGUUUCGAGGGCAUCUUUCGGCAGCUGUUGAGAGACCUUGCAUAGAAGAUCCUUGAUCUGUUCGAGUUCAAGGGUGAGUCAGUUCUUUCAGGC